UGUAUGUCAUAAAUUCAUUUUCCAAGGAUUAACAAUAAUGACAUGCAUGUAACCAAAACAGAAUCUCACCCUCCUUUUUACGAUUUGAUCGUGGACAAAAACAAAAUAUUGGUCCACAACCAAAAAUUCUGAAGGCCCCAGCGCAUUUAAUCAGAAAACAUGGUGCCCCAACAACUACAAUAAUUGAGAAAGUUGCUCUGUAAGCAUGCCAAUGCAAAAGCUUACAAAUUUGUCAGAGAAGAACUCCACGUCUACGCGCAAUAAUUAUUAAUGCUCCUUUCUUCAUAACCAAUUAUACUAGCCUAGAUAAGAUUACCUGUUCCUCGCUGCAAAAAAACCUCCCAUAAAAAAAAAACCAUCUUGUUCUCAACACUGAAUCCAAGGCAGCAACAAUGGCCGACCCUGUUAUCGGUGCCACAAUUCAGGUUACAUUGGAAAGGGCACUGUCUCUUGCCUCUGAUAGGAUUGGUUUGCUAGUUGGGUUCAAGAAGGAUGUGGCCAGCAUGACAGAUUCUCUCGGCUUUAUCAAAGAUGUCCUGGCUGAUGCUGAGGAAAAGCAAAACCAAAGCAGAAUAGUGCAACGAUGGUUGAAUAGUCUCGAGGAGGUUGCUUAUGAUGCUGACAAUGUGUUGGAUGAGCUCCACUAUGAAUCCCUUCGUCAACAGGUGGAGUCCCGAAACCGGCACAAGCUGAAGGUAUGCUGCUUCUUCUCCUUCUCUAACAUUAAUCUUGCUUUUCGUUGGAGAAUGGCUUCUAAGGUCAGGGACAUCAAACUGAAGUUGAAUGGCAUCUAUCAAGACGCCCGUGGAUUGGGGCUGGUCAGUAGGGAAGUCUUGACGGCUGCCCUCCCUGCUGCUCCUGCUGUUGGAGACACGAGAGGUCGGCAGACCGACUCUGUUCUUGUUCCAAUGACUGGAAGAGCCGAUGAUGAAUCAAACAUAGUGAAGAUUUUGUUGAGCCUGUCUGAGAAGGUUGUUUCUGUUCUUCCCAUAGUUGGUAUGGGAGGUUUAGGCAAAACAACUUUGGCUAAAUCCAUAUACAACAACAAGCAAAUUGAUGAACACUUUGACAUAAAGAUUUGGGUUUGUGUAUCGAAAAAAGUUCCAAUAGAGGAGCUUUUCAGACUCAUAUUAGUGCAUUUGACGGGAGACAAGGUUGAAGUGGAUGUUAGGGAUGUCAUCGUUGGAAAAAUUGGGAAUCAACUAGGGGGGAAAAAGUAUUUCCUAGUCCUUGAUGAUGUGUGGGAUGAUAAUCAAGCAUUGUGGGAGGACUUUUUCAACACCUUGAAGGGGCUCAAUCCAACUAAUGGAAGCUGGUGUCUGGUCACUACUCGUCCAGGUCCAGUGGCGCAGUGUGUGUCUAGAGUUUUGAGGAUGAUGGAAAAUGAAUCCUAUCGAUUAGGAAAACUACCUGAUGAUCAUUGUUGGUCUAUCGUAAAAGAAAAAGUAGUUGGAGGGGAAGAAGAACCCGAUGUACUAAAAGCAAUUAAAGAGAGAGUAAUCGAAAGAUGUGACGGUCUACCAUUGGCUGCAAGUGUAAUCGGAGGUCUAUUAUCUUUAAAGAGAAAAGAGGAGUGGCACUCAAUUUUGGAGAAUAAGCUUUUGAGGUUGAGUGCAGGUGGAGAUCACGUGAUGCAAAUACUUAAGUUGAGUUUUGAUAAUUUGCCAUCUCCAUACAUUAAGAAAUGUUUUGCAUAUUGUUCUAUAUUUCCUAAGGAUACUGAGAUGAAAGGAGAUAUGCUAAUCGAACUUUGGAUGGCAGAAGGUUUCCUACAAGCAGAUGCCACCAGCCAAAUGAUGAUGGAGGAAAUUGGAAUGAAUCAUCUGAGAAUUUUAUUGCAAAGUUCGUUGUUUGAAGAAACAAGAAAUUAUCAGGGAACAUGUUAUAAGAUGCAUGAUCUGGUCCAUGACGUUGCAGAGUCAAUGUCAAAGUCUACCAAAAUCAUUAAUGAUAGGGAUACACGUGUAGCAGACCAUGGUAAUCAGAUUCGUUACCUUGCAACAGACUCAUUUGGUGGUGGAGAAGACAGAGAAAAACUUUUGGAGAGUCUAUCAACUUCACUUCAUACAUUGUUCAUCGUAAAGGGGGACUUUUCUGGUGAUAUGUUAAUGAAGUUGAAAAACUUGUAUGUUUUGAAUUUGUCUUAUACAACAACUAAAGAGCUUCCAGUCUCAAUUGGCAAACUGAUACAUUUGCGGUACGUUAACCUUGAAUGGUCUUCAAUCAGUAUUUUGCCGGACUCCCUUUGCAAGCUUUAUAAUCUGCAGACAUUGACGCUAAGUGAGUCAGGUGUUAAACAUCUUUCGAAGGGGAUGUGCGAUUUGAUUAGCUUGAGACAUCUCCACUAUUACAGAAGUGAUGAAGAAUUUCAAAUGCCGCUAGAGAUGGGACGAUUGACUUGCCUUCAGACGCUAGAGUUCUUUAAGGUGGGUGGAGAGAAGGGUCGACAAAUUGGAGAGCUUGGAAGCUUGAAGAACCUCAAAGGCAAAUUGGAGAUACGCAAUCUGGAACUAGUAAAGGAUAAGGAAGGAGCUGAGGAAGCAAAACUAUCUGAAAAGGCGAAUCUAUUUAGGCUAAAACUUCGGUGGGCCCGUGAACGAGAAGGCCACGACUACAACCACAAAGAUGUGUUAGACGGCCUUCGACCCCACCCAAAUUUGGAGGAGUUGAUAAUUUGGGAUUUUAUGGGCGAUCAAUUACCUCGAUGGUUAAUGGAUUUGCCAACAACACUCCCCAAGUUAGCGCGUUUGGACUUUAAUCGCUUCCACAGAUGCAGAGAACUCCCUCCCCUGCGAAACUUUACGUCUCUUAAAGAGCUGAAGAUUUGGAGUUGUGAUGGGUUGACGAAUCUGCCAGGUGACAUGCUACACUCGUGUACCUCUCUCCAGAAGCUUCGGGUGUCUGGCUGCUACAAUCUCAUCUCCUUUCCGCUUGAUUUGCAACAAACGCCUUCUCUCUUGAAGCUGGAAUUACGCAGGUGUCCCAAACUGAAAACAAGCAUGACGCCCAAAGGAUUUGGUUUCCUAAACAGCUUAAGGGAGCUUGAAAUUGGUCCCUUCUCAGAUGAUGGUGAUGAUCAUGAAAAUUCUUCAAUUUACAAUGAGUUUGAUUGGUCUGGAUUGAUAUCCUCCUCCUCCUCCUCUUCGUCAUCCGCACUCCGUGAAUUACGAUUACGUGGGUUGCCACACAUGGAGUCCCUGCCACAUCAGAUCCAAUACUUGACCGCUCUGACGUCACUAGCGCUAUGGGACUUUGGAGGUAUAAAAGCUCUGCCAGAUUGGUUCGGAAACUUCGCUGCUCUUGAAGGACUAUAUUUACAUGGUUUCAAAGAGCUUGGACAUCUACCCUCUGAGGAUGCCAUGAGAAGUCUCACCAAACUAAAACGUCUGGAGGUUUAUGGUUCUCCUCUGUUAAAAGAAAGAUGCACUCCUGAGAGCAGCGGCCCCGACUCCCAGUGGUCCAAAGUUUCUCACAUUCAAUACCUACGCAUACCCAACUUUCAUCUUCAGUUCGAAUUCAAUCAUGUAAGAUUGCCUUCAAUAACCUCUUUCUUAAUUUGCUUUACAAUCAAUCUCCCCUUCUCUUCACCUCCCCCUCUGAUUAACCUUCUCGUGAGAAAACCUAAAAAGUCUCCCUUUCGUGGUUAUUUUCACAAUUUUCUCUUCUCCCUUUUUAUCGUCCUAUUUAUUAUCUUUCAAAGCUGCGGCAUUAGCAUUUGGUCCAAAAUAUUGGUGCUCUUCAUUUACUCCUUACAACAUAAUAGUAAUACUCUUGAAACUAUCAAUUAGAAUGACCCAAGCACCUGUUCUGUUUCGUGCUUUGAUGUUUUACUGUAUCUCUGUUCAUAUUCUGUUCUAUGCUUUGUUUUUGUAGGAUUGAUAGAAGAAUAGCUUCACGAACAGAGGUUAGAAUUUUGAAGCUUCUUCAGCACCAACUAUAUGGCUAGACCUCAAUAACUUUUCGCCUGCAUUUCCUACAAAUAGCCUAUCAACGUUUCGAACAACUAGCAGUCUUGUUUUGUUUAUUUUACGUGAUCUGCUUCUGUGGAUUUUAAGUUAUUAAUGCUAAAGUCAUCUCACUCUAUUUAAAAUUGUAAUUUUAAAGGGACUGAACUUUUACCUCUUGAUAAUGAACUUGCAUACUUAUCUAAACUAUUUGACUAGUAUUUGCUCCAUCAGAGUCAUAUAUGAUGGUUUUCUGGCUCACUUCUCCUUGAUUUUGGCUUUUUAGCCAUGAAGACAUUAGUCAAUUGAGGAGUUUUCGCAGCUAUUGGUCAUGACUUUCAUGUUUUGGUUUAAAAAUUCUGGUAAUUUUAGAUAUGCUUCUCUUCUUUCACUGCUCAAUUUUGACUUCUAACCACUUUAAUAUCUAAUCUAUUACGUAUGAAACAAAGGAAAUCUUGUUGUCAUGAAGAUAUUUUUGAGGUAGCCAAGGAAGGUGUGUACUGUUUGAGCAAUGAAGUUGCACAAAACUUGGCGGAGUAUCUUCCAACAUUCAACUCUAAGCGCAAUGUUUUGAAGCAUUCUGGUAGUUAGUCAAAUCUACCUGCUGUGACUUGCUGAUCUUGAUGAGUCCACCUUGAUAGAGGCUUUUAAGCUCUCUCUACUUUUAUGAUUGUUGGUUGCUUCUUUUUUUAUGUGACUGUAGGCUUAAAGCUCAGUCGGGGAACUAAAGUACCGCCUUCACUUUUGAAAAUCCUCUCUUUCCUUCAAAGUAUAUCAACUGAUAAUUGAAGCAACAACAGAAAUAAUUGAAUAUUGUCUCCAGAAAAAUAGUUCAGCUGCUGGUAAAAGUUGGAGACCUAAUAUAAGAGCCAUAAAGACUUCAGGAGUUUCCAAAGCUGUUGGCUGUUAAACUGGUUUUUGGUUCUAAGAGUCCAGUAAGCCACAGAAGAUGUCUGUUCAUGCAAUAAAGCUGCACGGACUUGUUGGAGUAUCUUCUAACACAAUCAAGUCUAAGCUGCAACUUUUGAAGCAUAUCGCCGUAGUUAGUUGAGACUGCCAAGCAUAGUUGUUGGCUGCUGCUACUUGCUGCAAUUAUUUCAUCCGCUGUGAUGAAGGCUAUUAAGCUCAUUCUGCCACCUAUACUUGUUGGUUGCUCCUCUGUUCAUGAUCAGAUGAAAACAUCCAGGAUGGAAUUCCCUUUUGCUCUCUGCCUCGGAUGGCCGAAGCCUGAGAUCUUCCUUGUCGGCUGCUGAUUUUAAACUGUCCAACCGAUUCAGCAAUUUGUAGACAUGUUAAUGAGGUGUUCUUUUACUUCUUUUGGAACUCAAUUUGCCAUAUCUUCCGUGCUGCUUGUAGUUCAAAGUAGCCAGUAUUUUGCAGCAGAAAGAUGUGGAUUAGCUGAACCCUGAUAGCUGCUUGCAUCCUUCUUGAAGUUGUAUCUUAGCUCUAUAACAGGCAACAUAUUUUUUCUCAAGUGUUCUGCAGUUGACUACAGGUUGUG